UGGCUAUUGGAGGACAUCGAUGCGAAUGCCACACGCUGAUUAAGAGCCUCUGAUAGAGAGACCCCAAGGACAUUUAGACUCCAAACUCCAUAGACUGAGGGGUGGAGUGAGAAAAUGUGCAAGAGCAGCGAUUCUAAAACGACAGCAACGCUGGCAAACUUAUUAGCGAAAUGCACGAAGUCAACAAAUGGACAGAGAGUCCUUCCAAAGGAAAAGGAGAGUCAGUGCCAGAGACAGAGCCAGUGCCAGAGCCAUAGCCAGUGCCAGGAGCCGCAAAAACAACGAGGUAAACGUCAAAACAAGCUGCAGGAACAACAAGAACAAAACCAGAUAGAGCAACACCAACACCAACAACCAUACCAUAAUCAGCGUCAGGAGCAAGGACAUCAAAUAGACCAAACGGCAAUGGGGACAAAUGAAGAGGCGGCAGCACCAGUGGCAGCAGUGGCAGCAGCAUCAGCAGCAUCGGCUGCCAAGAAGCACGAACAGCAGACCAAACCAACAGACUCCAAAUGCAAAAGCAAACACAAAUACAAAUUCAAACACGAAGCGAUGAUGGUGGUGGACCACCAUAAGCAGGACCUAGAGGAGGAGGACCUGGAGCAGGAGCAGGAGCUGGACCUAGAGCUGGAGUUGGGAAAUUGCAAUAAUGUUGCCAGCGUGCAGCAGCAUGUCCUGCGGUUGUUUUUACUCCUGCUACCGAUUUUGCUGCUCCUCCAGCUGCCAGCCGGGGUAACCGCAGCCUCGAUGACACCUUCGGCCAGGAUCUCCAGUGCCAAAGGCAAUGCACGUGAGCUCCUCUUCACCGAGAUGGGCGGCAUUAGUUCCCCGUCCGUUGCUUCUGCUGGAUCUCCCCAAGGAACUGGAACUAGCAGCAGUAGCAGUAGUAGCAGUAGCAGUGGAGGUGGUGGUGGAGCAGCCGGCAUCGAAUGCCCCAGCUUCGACAACUCGGCCUGUCCUUGCUACAAAUUCGAGGAUGGACUAUUUCUGGAGUGUCCCGGCACCACGGCGAUAUCUCUACGUUCCACCCUGGAGAGGAUCUCGGCCCCGAUCCAUUCGCUAUCCAUUUAUGAUUUUGACCGUUCGGUGACGUCACUGUCGCAGGAUGUCUUCCAGCCGGGCGUACAUAUCCGGCAUCUGCAGUUCUCACAUUCGCACCUGGAGGCCCUCAAGGACAAUAGUCUGCGCAACGUCCGCUCCAGCCUCGAGUCCUUGAGCAUUGUUAACGGGAAAUUGACACAGAUGCCGUCUCGCGCCUUGAGUGCCAUGCAAAAGUUAACGGCCCUGGACUUUGAUUACAACGAGAUAGUUCGAGUGGAGGACUAUAGCUUCUAUGGGCUGAGGCUCUCGAAGUUGAAUCUCAAAGGCAACCGGCUGCAGGGGAUGCCGGAGCACGCGUUUGCGGGUCUGGAAGAGUGCCUGCAGGAGAUCGAUGUAUCGGAGAACGGCCUACGCACCUUUCCGCUGAUGGCCCUCCGGAAGCUGGAUCAUCUGAGGAUACUGAGGCUAUCCAAUAAUCGCAUAGCCACCUUCUACGGCGACAUCCAGCUGGCCACCAACAAUGCCACGGCAGCGGCGGCGGCAGCAGCUGCCCUGCAACUGCCCUCGCUGAUAUUCCUGGACCUGAGCUCCAACCAGUUCGCCGAGAUCGGGGACGACUGUUUCCGGGCCUUUCCGCAGCUGAAGACGCUGUCGUUCUACGCCAACCAGAUCGAGAUUGUCCAGCCGGAGGCGUUCAAGAGCCUGCGCGAACUGAUGUCCCUGGACAUGUCGCACAACCGGAUAGUCACGCUGGAUCCCAAGGUCUUCGAGAGGAACAAGCGCCUGCAGACGGUGGACCUCAGCCAUAACCACAUCCACGCCAUCGGCGGUGUGUUCUCGGACCUGCCCCAGCUGCGAGAGGUGUUCCUCAGCGAGAACAACAUCCUGGAGCUGCCGGCGGACGCCUUCACCAACUCCACCAACGUGGACGUCAUCUACCUGGAGGCGAACGCCAUCGGUCACAUAGAUCCGAACGUGUUCAGUACGCUGGUGAACCUGGACCACCUGUACCUCCGAUCGAACUUCAUACCGCUGCUGCCCGUGACCCUCUUCGACAAGUGCACGAAGCUGUCGUCCCUGUCGCUGGACAACAACGAGAUCCAGGACCUGGAGAUAGGCAUGUUUAGGAAGCUGGAGCACCUGAGGGAGGUCCGCCUGCACAACAACCGAAUCCGGAGGGUGAGGAAGGGAGUGUUCGAGCCGCUGCCGGCCCUGCAGGAGCUGCACAUCCAGAAGAACAGCAUCGAGGACAUCGAACCGCAGGCCUUCCACACGCUGCUCAACAUGCAGCACAUCAAUCUGCAGGACAACCAGCUGACCGUGCUGGAGGACAUCUUUCCGGAGGACAACUCCAGCCUGCUGUCCGUCCAGCUGGAGGCCAACUACUUGCACAAAGUGCAUCCGCGCACCUUCCGGCGCCAGCAGAAGGUCCAGAUAAUGUGGCUGCGCGACAACCAGCUGGCGCGUGUGGAGAGAUCCUUCUUCGCCGACACCCCGCAGCUGGGGCGGCUCUAUCUGAGCGAUAAUCGCAUCCGGGACAUCGAGAAGGACACGUUCGGCAGCCUGCUGCUGCUGCAGUUCCUCGACCUGAGCGGCAACCAGCUGCGGCAGCUGAGGCGCGACUACUUUUCGCCGCUGCAGAGCCUCGAGGAGCUGAGCCUGGCCCGCAACCACAUCGAGGCCAUCGAGGGGUAUGCCUUCGCCAAGCUGAAGAACCUCAAGUCCCUGGACCUCUCCCACAAUCCCCUCGUGCAAAUCACCAGGGACGUCUUCCUCGACGAGCUGCCCCUUAGCUCGCUAAGCCUGGCCAACUGUUCGCUCCGGAAGCUCGAGCAGCACACCUUCAAGUCGCUGACCAACCUGAACGACCUGAACCUGGAGAGGAACCUGCUCAACCCGGCGGACAUCCAGAAGCUGGACGUGCCGAAUCUGCGGAAGCUCCAGCUGUCCCACAACAACUUCAGCCACGUGGGCCUGGGCGGCAAUGCCGGCGGCAUCAUGGCCGGAAUGUUCGACAAGCUGCGCUCCCUGCAACAGCUGACCAUGGCCAACUGUAGUCUGGGCCAUGUGCCGGACCUGCUCUUCUCCAAAAACCCCAACCUGGUGAAGCUCGAUCUCUGCGACAAUCGGCUCAGCCAGAUGAACAGGAACAUAUUCAGCGGCCUGAACGUAUUUAAGGAGCUGCGCCUGUGCCGGAACCUGCUCACCGAGUUCCCCCACAUUGCCCUCUACAACCUGAGCACCCUGGAGAGCCUGGACCUGGCCAGGAACCACUUGGCAUCCAUCGAUUUCUUCAAGCUGAGCGGUACCCUCAACCUGCGCCAACUUAUCCUGAAGGACAACAAAAUUACAGCCCUGAGCGGCUUCAAUGCCGUCAACCUCACCCAGCUGGACAGCGUGGACCUGAGCGGAAACUCGUUGCUGUCGCUGCCAGCCAACUUCCUGAGGCAUUCGAUUAAUCUGCAGAGAGUCGACCUGUCCAGUAACCGGUUCCUGCAGAUCCCAUCCUCGGCCCUCUCGGACGUCUCCAUACCGCGCCUCUCGUGGCUCAACCUCACCGGCAAUCCCAUCAAUCGCAUCUACACCGUCAAGGAGGAGAGGUAUCCGUAUCUGAAGGAGCUCUACAUCUGCCAGACCAAUCUCUCCAUACUGACGUCCAAGGACUUUGAAGCCUUCCAGGCUCUGCAGCACCUCCAUCUGGUCAAUAACAGGAUUACUCGCAUAUCUCCGGGUGCCUUCAAGUCGCUCACCAACCUCCUGACCCUCGACCUGAGCGUCAACGAACUAGAAAUGCUGCCCAAGGAGCGCCUCCAGGGCCUCAAACUGCUGCGAUUCCUCAACAUUUCGCACAACACCCUCAAGGACCUCGAGGAGUUCAGCGCCGAUCUCUCGGAAAUGCAAACCCUGGACCUCAGCUUCAACCAGUUGGACAGGAUAUCGAAGAAGACGUUCCGCAACCUGCACGGCCUGGUGGAGCUCCUCCUGAUGGGCAAUCGGAUGACGGUAUUGUCCAAUGACGCCUUCCGCUACUUGAGGAAGCUGCAUCUGCUGGACCUCAGGAAGAACUACUUCGAACUGGUGCCCCUGGAUCCUCUGAAGCCGCUGGAAACCAAUCUGAAGACUCUCAAACUGGAGGAGAAUCCACUGCAUUGCAGCUGCGACGCCCAGAAGCUCUGGGAAUGGCUGCGGGAUCAUCGCAAAUGGUCACUGGCCACCGGCGGCGGCGGAGGAGGAGGCGGCGGCGGGGAUUCCAUUAAUUACCUGAGGUGCGAACACCCCUCGGAGCUGCGGGGCAAGGUGUUUGGCAAAAUGGAGCCACAGCAGUUCUGCGAUGCCCCGCUAAUACCGAAAAUGGCCAUCCAGGACAUCCAGCCCUAUUCGGUGGUCGUGUCGUGGCAGAGUCGUGACCAUUUGGGUCUCACCGGCUUCGAAAUUGUUUACCACGCCACCGGCGACGGUCUCGUUCCGGCCGGAUCUCCAACGGACCGUGACCGUGAACGGGAGCGGGACCGAGACCGUGACAGGGACAGGGACCGGGACAGGAGCCAUGACCAUGAGCAGCGGCAUCGUGAACAGGAACGGGAGCGAGACAGAGAGCGUUACCCUCUUGCCACGGAUGAGAUACACGGCAAGCGGCUGAACGGAACUGCCAGCUCCACCAAGCUAACCAAACUGAGUCCAAAUACCCGGUAUCACAUCUGCGUCAUCGGGAGCGGUAAUUGGCUCUCGGAGCCUCUGGCGAAUGCGCUACAACGCCUUCAUGUCAACGACUCCAACCGGGAGGAGGAGGCUCUGGUGGUUUCGGCCCCCCUGCCGGAGUCAUACUCCCCCUACCAGCAUCAUAGUCGAAUGGCCAUGGCUCAGGACCAGACCCAGGGCCAGGAUGGGGAUCUGGAGAAUGCGAUUGCCGGCGAUAAUGUGCUCAUGGAGGUGCUGAAGAACUCUCACAUCUCGGCCUGCACGGACGUCCAGACGCUGGACUCCACGCCCAGCCUGGUGACGGACGAGAACGGCCUGUCAAGCAACGGCUUCAUCCACUCCAUCCUGACCAGGAGGCUGGGCCUGAUAGUCGGCUGCUGUCUGGGCAUUAUAGUCUUCAUAGUGAUGAUCUCGGUGCUGAGCUACGUGAAGCUGAAGAAGCAGAGGAUCGAGAACGCCAAGCGGCAGGCGGCCCUGCCCCCGGAAUACAUCUCCUAUCGCCACUUCUCCAUUCCCAACGAGGAGCUGACCCGGACAGCCGCCAGCGCCGGCAAUGCCGCGGCUGCCGUGGCUGCUGCCCAGGCGGCGGCGGCGGCCCAAGCGGCGGCAGCUGCCCAGGCGGCGGCUAACAAUUCGGGCACGCCGUCGGGCAGUUCACCGCACAUGUCCAGUGUGCCCAGCGGCAUCAGUGCACACAUCAGUGGGACCAGCCUGAGCACCGGCACAGGCACCACCACCACUACAGCCACCACACCCAUUGGCGGUGUACCGGUGGGUCUGCCCCUCGCUGCCAAGGCGGCCAGUCCCAUCGUUGGCCUGGUGGUUGAUCCCUCCACGGCGGCAGUUGCAGCCGAUAACAGUGGCCACCACAGUCACAGCCACGCCCACAAUCACAGUCACAACAAUCACGCCCACAACCACGCCCAUGCCCACCGCCAGAACAACGGUUAUAUGGCGGCAGGUGUGGUCCUCAACACCAAUCACUUGAGUGUCUGUUAGUCGGCACCGUCACCGAACUCGUAGUAACUCCAACCAAAGAAAAGAAAUAUUUGAGCUGAAAAUUCCAGGGAAGAAGAUAAAGGGCUGGUUUUAGAAAAUUUUGGAUAA